GCGCUUACUGGUAUUUAAACAUCAUCGAUUGGGUGCUGAAGCUGACAGCUCCCAGAUACAGAUAAACAAAACCCAAACCAAAAACACAAUGGCUCUUCUGGAUGCUUUGAAGCCCCUCUAUCUCUUUAACUCUCAGUGAGGAUCUCCUUUUUCCCCAGCCGCGCGUCAUCUUUGAACAUUAAUGGACUUUAUUUUAAGCUGCUGACGAGAAAGGCGCCGUGUUCUCUCCGCAAACGGGACUAAGGCGGAUGUUGUGACACCUGUAGCUGAAUCUGGAUCUCAGUCUCCUAAAAAGGCAGGUUGGAUUGUUUCACAUCCACUCAGCGUCCGCCCUGCAGGAGAGGUGCUCCGGCGCUGUUUGAUCUCGAGUGGGGAAGCGCAAAGGUAGCCUAAAGCCAUUUACGGACGCAUUAAUAUCUAAGCCGCUCUCUGUGCCUGCUUGCAGACAGGAAGGAGCAUGGAUAGAGAGGAAUUUGCUCUGACUAGUGCGCUGAGGGGAUUUGUAGAGCUCGGGGUGUGCUCCUGUUGAAACUAAACUAAGGACUGUGGAUAAAGCGCCGUCACCAACAGCUUCUCUCCAGGCUUCUUUUGUUCAUUCUCUCAUAUUUCUGGCGAGUAGAGAGAUUAUAUUUUAAGCAGCCAUGGGGAAAGAUGAGUGCAAAACAAUGCUGGACGCUUUGAACAAAGUGACCGCCUGCUACAGGCACCUGGUGAUCGCUUUGGGAAGCACCUCGGACUCGCAGAACCUGCGAGAGGAGCUGAAGAGGACCCGCAAAAAGGCCCAGGAGCUGGCCGUGGCCAACAGGACUAAACUGACCUCUCUGCUCAAAGAUAAGACCAUCAGCAAAGAGGACCGGGCCGAGUACGAGCGCCUAUGGGUGCUGUUUUCGAGCAGCAUGGAGCUCCUGGAGGUGGACAUGAAAAGGUCCCUGGAGAUAGCGCAGGAUUUCCCCCUCAAGGUGCCGACGAGACACCUGAUCCAGACGGGGAUGACCGGCAGCACCACCACGGUGGCGGCCCGCGCCAUGAGCGUGCAGAACAUGAAAUACGAGGCGGACAGCAACAUCGACACGGCGGACCUCCGGGACCUGCAGUCCGAGAUCACCCAGGUGACCCAGAUGAUGGAGGAGAUGGAGAUGAAGGUGCAGGUGGCGCCGUGGGCCGUCGAGGCGAAGCAGGAGGCGGGCGCGGAGCUCAAAUCCAACAUGAGUGUAGGAAAUUCCUCCGUGGGUGUCAUCUCCAUCUGCGAAGAGGAGCCCAAAGAGGAGGAGGGGGGAGGCAACAGGGAUGCUGGCUUUGCGUCGAUCUGCGCCGUGCUCGUGUUCUUUAUCAUCGUCACGGUCGCUGUGGUGCUAGGAUAUUUGGUCAUCAAUAUGUCCUGAACUGCCUCACCGACAGCCCACCCUGAUGGACACCCUGCGCGGCUGCCCACUGGCGCGUCACAGCGUCUAUAAGAGCCAGCAGCUCCGCAAAGAGCUUUUUUACCUGAGGGGCUGAAAAACAGGCUAUGUGGACACGCGAAGUUAUUAAUCUUUCUCGGAUUUAUGAAUGUAUUCGGUGGAGUUGAGGAGUUGCACUAGAUAAAAUGUAGAACAAUAGAAUGGACACCGGGCACAAUCUGAGGUUACGUAUUUUGAGGGGCCAAGGGGUCGUGUAUUUUUGGAAGAGGAGAGGGAAAAAAAAUCAUGAAAUUACGUGACAGUGUCUGGCCAUCAGGAUGAUACAACCGACACGUAAUCCAAAUGGAUUAGUGGAAAAGCUCAAGCGUAAAUGUAGCCUACUGUUAAGUAUCCCCCCCUUGAUGUUCUGCUGAUUGAUGCUUUAAAUUUAUGAAUUCAAUCCAGCAAAGUCAGACGUGAUAAGAGGGGGGAGCAUCUAGAGUCAGAGAAAUGGGGUCAUGUUGUAUGGAAACUCAUAGAGCCAGUGUCACAGUUGGAUGUGAUCUAAUCUGCACUGUUCCACACUCCUGUUAGCACAGUUUUAAUACAGCAGAACAUAUGUAUAGCAGGCCUGCAUCUUACUUCAUUGCAUCAAAUCACAGUGUGCUUCAUAAGAGCCUUGGGGACCUCAGAGACGGUCCACUGUCUUUUAAUAAUGCACCCGUUCACUGUAAGCCUGUUCAUGUUCCUUUUCAGGGUUUCUCUUGCAAACAGUGUUGAAUGUACAUUGCAACAUGUGAAUAGAGGGGUUUGUACAUACAGACUGCUGUCUCAGAUAAUGUACAUAAGUAUAUUUAUUAUAAUAAAAUGUUGAAAUGCA